UCUCAACCCGACUGAGAACCAAAAAAUUCCUUGUUUCCCUUCCUCCCUCCCAGGCCCAGGGCCUCGGCCCUGCCCUGCAGCAACUUGGAAUGAACUGGAGUCAGGCCUCCCGGGUCGGGUCUCGGCCGGAAGCGCCUAACUCCAGAGCGCGGGUAGGGGAAGGGGCGGGAAGGGGCGGGCCGGCGGCGGCUGGCGCGGAGGAUGAGAGCCGGGCUCCUGGGGCUCUCCGCCCUGCUACAGGCGGCCGAGCAGUGCGCACGCCUCUGCUCUGUGGUUUACUAUUUCUCCACAGGACAGCCACUGUGGGCAUGGCUAGUCCUUUGUGUGCAGCUGCCUGGAUUCUUGGUCCAGGUCCUGAGCUUCCUGUGGUUCCAAGCAGACGGGCACCAACAUCUUUGCCAACUGGUUUUACUGCACCUGCUCCAGCUGGGUGUGUGGAAACGGCACUGGAAUGUGACCUGCAUGGCUCUGCAGGGGAAGCAGGAUGCCACUCAGCCAGGCCAGCUGCUGCUGCAGGAAGCAGACCUGUCAGCCCUGCGCCUCCUAGAAGCCCUGCUGCAGACCAUACCCCACCUGCUGCUGCAAACCUACAUUCUCCUGGCUUCUGACCUCAGGGCCAUUGUGCCAGGGCUGAGUGCUGCAUGCACCUGGGCAUCACUGUCCUGGGCACUGGUGUGCUACGUGCGAGUCCUGAGCUCCAUGAGAUCGAGUGCCCACUCCACACCCUGGGUGUCUCUGCUGUGCCAGCAGCUCUGGCGGAUGGGCAUGCUGGGUGCUCGUGUCCUCUGUCUGGCUCUGUUCUGCCACACUCACCACGCCUGGGUUUUGGUGGUUGGAGGUGCGCACUGGCUGGUGAUGACAUUCUGGCUGGUGGCUCAGCAGAGUGACAUCUUGGAUAGCACCUGCCACUGGCGACUGUUCAACUUGCUGGUGGGGGCUGUGUACAUAUUCUGCUACCUUAACUUCUGGGACAGUCCCUCCCGAAAUAGGAUGGCCACCUUCUACAUAAUAAUGCUGCUGGAGAACCUGGUCCUGCUACUGCUGGCCACCAGCUUCUUCCAGGGAGUGCCACAGACCAGCUUGUGGGUGGCUGCUGGUGUCCUGUUGGGGUUUCUGAUUGGAAGUGUCUCCCUGGUGCUUUACUACAGCCUGUUGCACCCUCACUCCAAGGACAUCCGGCAGGGUUUCCUGAGGGGUGCCUGUGAUGUGGCGAGCAGGGAUAAAACCGAGAAUGGCUCUUCUCCCCCAACCAUUGUUCCAGCUGUGGAGAAGCCAGGGGCCCCAGAGGACAAUGGUGAGCUAACAAGUCUGGAGAAGCCCCCUAACCUGCAGUGGGAGCCCAUCAAGACUGGACUAGAAAGCCAGCUUACCAGAGAGAACUCUUUCUUCAGUCACCACCACUGGCUGUUGGUGAAACUUGCUCUGAAGACGGGAAAUGUAUCUAAGAUCAACGCAGCCUUUGGUGACAACUAUUCAAGCUGCCUGUGUCCCUCUGUAUGGGGGUUGAGCCAACCUGGCAACCAGCAGAGGACAACCCUGUCUUCCCAGCCUGAGUGUCCAGGUGUCCUAAAAGCAGAGACCAACCUGUCAGAUACCUCCAGCUAUGUCUCUUUUGCCGGCCAUGAUCAUGGUGAAGCUUCUGCACAGACACUAUCAGCCCCUCAGCAGAACAGUUCUAUAGAAGGAGCUGGGCCAGGUUUUGGGACACAGAGCUGUAAUGCAGAUAAGCAGUCAGGUGGACAGCAAGAACAAGAGAGUCCCACUCUGUACUUCAGUGCCACAGCUGAUGGGACAUUGUCCUCACACCAGGAAGGCAAGCAGGCCACUCCACAGACAUGCCCCUCUGGGACAAGAUUGGGAAAGAGCAGCCCUGACCAGCCAGGCAUCCCUCCACCUGCCACUCAACCAUUCCCUGUCACUAUGGCCAAUAUUAGCCCCAUCUUUGGCCCUGGCCCAGGUAGGCACUUCUGCCCCAGUGAAGGCAUCCCUGGCAGGGUUCUGGGCAGCUCAGAACAGCCACAGGGACCCCAGAGGAACCUAAAUCAUCACACCAUAGUUGGCACACAGAGGUCAUGGCCAAAGUGGAAUCUGAGGUCCAGGGCUGAGCCCUGCCUGACAUCCACUCCCAAGGCUGCGUCCAUCCCAAGGCUACAAGGACAGCGCAGCCACCCAGAGCAGGUAGAGGCUGAGACAAACUUCCUCAUCUGACUGCUCACCAUGUGGUCAGACUUCAGUUCUCAGAUCAAGCUAGUCACUGGGCACCAGAAGAGAAGAAAUCUCACUUCUGACACACCUGCACCCCAGCUGCCUUGUCCCCAUCUAGACAUCCACUCACAUGUGCAGCUGAGAAGUGAGGAACCAGGUUAGAGUGCUUCGUAGACCCCAAUGAGCUUGCUGCAUGCGGAGGCUUAAUAGGGGUGGGAAGUCCUAAGUCUUUGCCCUUAGGUCCAGCACAGUGCCUACUACAAAGGUGGUGCUGGGACAAGAUAGGAUGAAAGAGUGAGUGAUUGAGUGUUUUUGUCACAAGAAAUGGCUUUAGUGCACAUCUUAGUUCUCUCAGGCAGAAUAGCAGAAUACAACAGGUCCUCCAGAAAUGUCCUUUCAUUCAACACCAUUUCCUUAUAACAUGUAUGAGAAAUAAAUAAUCCGGGGGCCAGGUAGUGGUACACCUGGUUAAGCUCACACAUAACAGUGCUAAAGGACCCAGGUUCAAGCCCGCAGUCCUGACCUGCAAAGGGAAAGCUUCACAAGUGGUAAGCUGGUCUGCAGGUAUCUUUCUAUCUGUCUUGCUCUCUAUCUCCCCCUUCCCUCUUGAUAUCUGGCUGUUUCUAUCAGAUAAAGGUAAUAAAAACAUUUUUUAAAAA